AUGGCUAAUCCCAAAGUGAGCAAGGCCCUUGAGGAGGCCCGGAAGCUUGUUGCCGAUCUGGAGUCGUACGAGGACAACCCGAUCAACCACCAGGCCAUCAUCAAGCAGACUGAGCGCGUCCGCAAUGCCUUCCAGGAGCCAAUCGACCUGGUGACCCGACUGUUCGAGGACCUCAGUUUGGGAGGUGCUUUUCACACCAUCCUAGGUAUUCGUGCUUACCACGCUAUGCCUGAGGAUGGUAGCUCCAUCACUGCUGAGGAGCUGGCCCGGAUCACCAACGUCGCCCCCACGGUUAUCCACCGCACCUACCGUGUUGCCGUCAACCACGGGCUAUUCAAGGAGACGGCCCCAGACACUUAUGCCCAUAAUGACCUCUCUCGUGCCCUCAACCCCAAGGCUCUUGGCUCAUUCUUCAUGAUCACUCUGGAGUUCACCCGUGCCUGGAUUCACCUCCCCGAGUACCUUAAGUCGCAUAAGCCCGAUGAUGUCUUUGACCUAACCAAGUCCCCCGCCGUGUAUUCAGUCGGAAAGGAGCAUCUGGGCAAGUCAUAUUACGAGCUGCUCGAGAUUGACCCUGACCCGGAGCGCCGCGAGGUCUGGAACGCCAACAUGUUCAUGGUUGAUCAACUGAUGCCCGUCACCGGAAUGUUCCCCUUUGCGUCCCUUAAAGAGGAGGUCGAGAAGGAUCCGGAGCGCCCAUACCUCGUCGACAUCGGUGCUGGUCGUGGCCAGUCGUGUUUCGCUAUCAAGAAGCAGAUUGACGGCGCCUUUGAUGCCAAGUUUAUCCUACAGGACCUGCCUGGUGUCAUUGAUAACCUGAAGCCUGAGGAAUAUCCUGGCUUUGAGCUCAUGACCUACGACGCUUUCACGCCGCAGCCUGUUAAGAACGCCCACAUCUACUUCAUGCGCCGCUUCCUCCAUGACUUUUAUACCCCAGUCUGUACCGAGUUUGUCAAGAACACAGCCUCGGCCAUGGGCCCCGACUCGCGUCUCAUCAUCUGCGAUAUGCUGGUCCCAGACAUGGUCGAGGACCACGAGAACAUGGACCUGUACUGGCUCGACUUUGCUCUUCUGUGCAUGACGGGACAGGAGAAGAAGAAGGCCGAUUUCGAACAGAUAUUUGAGGCUGCUGGCUUGGAGCUCGUCAAGAUCUACCCCUCUGCUUAUGGACGGACAGUGAUGCUUGAGGCUAAGCUGAAGCAGUAG